AUGGGCAUAAUACUGAACAGUUUGGCCCUUUAUGUGUUCUGUUUUCAGACCAAAGUAAGGACACCCUCUGUUAUUUACACCAUUAACUUGGUAGUGACAGACCUCUUAGUGGGUCUCUCUCUACCAGCACGAAUUGUUAUGUAUUACCGUAAUGUAGAGACCUGUUAUAUCUGCUAUUAUGUUCACAGUUUUACGUAUUCUGUGAACAUGUACUGUAGUAUUCUUUUCCUGACCUGCAUCUGUGUUGAUCGCUACCUGGCCAUUGUGCAAGCCAGAGCCUCAUGCAGAUGGAGAAAUCCCAGUUAUGCCAAAUGCAUCUGUGUUUUGAUUUGGAUAUUUGCUGUAAUUGUAACUUUCAUCAUACUGACCACAACGAUUAACCACAAACAUUGUUGUUUUUUCCAGCUACUUAUGCUGACAGGUUUUGAGUAUUUUGUUUCCCUUGGUGAUUGUUGUUUUCUACACCCUGCGGAUCAUGUGGACUUUGUCCAAGUCAAUACAAAUGAACCAAAGCCGAGAGAGACGGGUGAGGGCGGUACAGCUCCUCAUAAUGGUGCUGGUCAUCUUCACAGUCUGUUUCACUCCCAUUCAUGUUAG